AUGUGCCCACGCUGGUUGGCCCUCGUGCUCCUGUUCUUACUGAGCCCAGGCACUCAGGCCUUCAACAACGAGCUUGUUAAGUGCUUUGAGGAUCCUCAGUAUGAAGAGCUGGUGCGGCUGGCAAGAGAAGGGCUGGGGCAGACGGUGGAAAAGAAACGAGUGGUGGUGAUCGGUGCAGGCAUGGCCGGGCUCACUGCUGCCAAGAUGUUGCAGGAUGCAGGCCACCAGGUAACUGUCCUAGAGGCCUCAGGACGUGUGGGUGGUAGAAUUGAGACACACAGAGUGCCUGGGGCACAAUGGUAUGUGGAACUAGGUGCCAUGAGAAUCCCUGCCAACCACAGGCUUUCCCGGGAGUUCAUCAAAAUGUAUGGACUGAAGCUCCGUGAGUUCUGCCGCUUGGACCGCCGGACCUGGGUGCUGGUCAACGGGGUGAGGAAGCGGACAGAAGAAAUCCAGGCAAACCCCCAGCUGCUGCGCUAUACAGUCAAAGCAGAUGAGAAGGGGAAGUCAGCAGAAGAACUAUUUGAUAAGUCACUGAGGAAGGUGGUAGAGGAACUGAAGACAAGUAGCUGCAGCCGGGUACUAGAGAAGUAUGACUCUUUCUCCACUAAGGAGUACCUGAUAAAAGUGGGGAACUUGAGCAGAGGUGCUGUACAGAUGAUUGGAGACCUGCUGAAUGCAGACGCUGGCUACUACGAGGCCUUCACAGAGACUCUGCGUGCUGCCAUCUCCUUCCACCAGGAGCCCCGAUUUGAUGAAAUUGUUGGAGGCUUUGAUCAGCUCCCCAAGGCCCUGCAUGAGGCCCUCUUACCUGGGACAGUACAGCUCCACUCACCAGCUGAGGAGGUGGAGACAUCUGGUGACCUUGUCCACAUCACCUACCAGACACCUGACCCUCUACGGCCCAGAGGACGUCUGACUGCAGAUUAUGUGAUUGUGGCCAGCACAGCCAAGGCUGCCCGACUCCUCCGUUUCCGGCCACCUCUCUCUCCUGGCAAACAGGAUGCACUACGUUCUGUCCACUAUAAUAGUGCCACUAAAGUGAUCCUGGCCUGCACACAGAGUUUCUGGGAGAAGGAUAGCAUCUCUGGCUGCAAAUCCAUCACUGACCGGCCUUCUCGCUUCAUAUAUUACCCUAACCACAGCUUCCCCAAUGGCACAGGAGUCAUCUUGGCCUCCUACACCCUGGAUGAUGACUCUUCAUUCUUCACUGCCAUGAGUCAUGCCCGGAUAGUGGAAGUUGUCUUGGAUGACCUGGCUGCAGUCCAUGACCGCCCCAAGGAAGAGCUCCGGGCCCUUUGCCCCUACUCCACAGUCAAGCACUGGAGUCAAGACCCUUAUUCCAUGGGGGGCUUUGUCUUCUUCACUCCCUACCAGUAUGUGGACUAUGCCAAGGAACUCUGCAGGCAAGAAGGGCGAGUGUACUUUGCUGGCUCUGGAAAAUACCCUCGUAUCUUCUGCCUUAACGCGUUCAAGGCCGUGGUGCAUAUCCGAGCUUUAACCAUAAAAUGGCGAUUUUCCACAAACACUCGGUAG